CAGCCUUCAAAGUCAGCUUGCCUUCAAACACUCAGCUUACCACCUUCUCUAACUUCUUUUCACUCAAUCAUGAGUACUCUUAUUCUAGGUAAUGGCCACUCAGAUGGUCCUACCACUCAAGGGAAGAAUGGAAAAAAGGAAAUUGGCCGUGCUUGUGCAAACUAUCACCCUAGUGUCUGGGGAGAUCGCUUCAUUACAUCAUCUCUGGAUGACAAGGAGCUUGAUCCAUGCACUAAGCAACGUGCUGAAAAACUGAAGGAAGAAGUGAAGAAAAUUCUAUCUGAUGUCAAUAACACAGUGCAAAAAUUGAAUUUGAUUGAUGCAAUUCAGCGCCUCGGUGUCGCAUAUCACUUUGAAACAGAUAUAGAAAAGGAAUUACACCGGAUUUAUGAUGACUAUAACGGCAAUGGUGAUAACCUCCAUGCUGUUGCUCUCCAAUUUCGACUACUAAGGCAACAAGGAUAUAAUGUGUCAUCUGAUGUGUUUAGAAAGUUUAAAGACAAUGAGGGUAAGUUCAAGGGCACAUUGAGCAGUGACAUACAGGGUUUGUUAAGUUUAUAUGAAGCGGCAUACCUUGGAAUACAUGGGGAUGAUAUACUCGAUGAAGCCAUUACUUUCACCACGAUGCACCUCAAAUCGGCAUUGCCGCAGCUUACCUCUCCCCUAGCAAAGCAAGUAGAACUUGCAUUAGAAGUUCCACUUCAAAAGCGUGUGGAGAGGCUACAGUCAAGGUACUACAUCUCAAUCUAUGAGGAAGAUAAGGAACGAAGUGAUGUGCUAUUGGAGUUUGCAAAGUUAGAUUUCAAUAUAUUACAGUCAUUGCACAAGAAGGAGCUAAGAGACAUCUCAAGGUGGUGGAAGGAAAACGACUUUGCAGUAAAGCUUCCAUUCAUCAGAGAUAGAGUGGUGGAGUGUUACUUUUGGAUAUUAGGGGUGUAUUACGAACCACAUUAUUCCCGAGCAAGAAUGAUAAUGACCAAAAUAAUAUCUUUAACAUCAAUCAUGGAUGACAUUUAUGAUGUACAUGGUACAUUGGAGGAGCUUGAACUAUAUACUGCUGCACUGGAAAGUUGGGAUCGCGGGGCCGUUGAUCAGCUGCCAGAGUACAUGAAAAUCCAUUUUGUAGCACUUUUGGACGCCGUUGAUGGAUUUGAAGAAGAACUGAGUCGGGAAGGAAAAUCGUACCGUAUAUCAUACUUAAAAGAAGCUUUUAAGGGCGUGGCCAGAGCCUACUUGAAAGAAGCGAGAUGGGCCAGUUCAGAUUACGUGCCAACAUACGAGGAGUACAUGGAAGUUGCACUAAUCAGCUCUGCUUACCCUAUGCUUACAGUCAUAUCUCUGGUUGGGAUGGGAGAUAUUGUAACAAAGGAGGCCCUUGAGUGGGCCAUCAAUGUACCAAAGGUGGUCACAGCUUGUUCUGUCAUUUGCCGACUUAAGGAUGACCUUACAUCAAGUGAGCUUGAGCAAGCCAGAGGUCACGUUGCUUCUGCAAUGCAAUGCUACAUGAGGGAGCAUGGCACCUCGUAUGUAAACACGUGUGAAAUUUUUCAAGAAAUGGUCGCAAGCGCAUGGAAAGAAGUUAACAAGGAAUGCCUUAAACCAAGGCAUGUUCCCAUGCCCGUCAUCAUGAGGGCUGUCAACCUCGCACGUGUGAUUGAACUCUUGUACGUGCAUCAAGACGGAUAUACCAAUUCCACACGUGAGACCAAAGAUCGUAUCACAAUGGUGAUGGUCGACCCAGUUGCCGUUUGAGGACAAAAAUGAGUCAUAUAUUAUUGUAACUACUUGAAUAAAGUCAGUGGCCUACAGCAUUGAAAGAUUGGCCCUUUAUUUCUACUUUUGCUAAUACAUAGUACAUUCUGUGGAGUGAAAUAUAAUCCAUUAAUGAUUAAGCACUG